UGCAACCACAAGUUUACCUAGAAAAUAUUGUACAAUAUCUAACUUGAAGAAAGAUUACUUAACAUUGGUUUUGAGAAAUUUCUGUGUGGAAUUACCUAAUUUUGGCUAUUUUCCAACAUAAUUUACGAAGGGUGGUGAAGUUAUUAUUGGGAUGCAGUGCGGGUCAUGCGUGGUGCAGGUCUAUGCACAGUAAGCGCGCCUUUGGCAGCAUGCAGUCUUCCUCCAAAUGGUGCAGCUAGCCUACCGCCAAGUGCGCGUUUUUUAGCACUUCAUUUGCUAACAAAUUCCACAGAUUUAUCAGCCUCAGGGUCCAGUACAACAACUCAACAAACAUUAUAUUUUAUUGUUGAAGCUAAAUCUCGUGUUAAGGAAGUGUAUUCGCAAACAUGUCUACACUUCUCUCAGCAGGGGAUGCUAGAUACCGAUUUAUUUGGUCUGGCUUUAAUUUGCGACGGCGAAUAUUUAUUUGCCGAACCCGAGAGCAAAUUGUCCAAAUAUGCUCCAAAAAGUUGGAGGUCAUCUCACACUCAUGGCUUAGAUGCAAAUGGUCGCCCAGCAUUGGCCUUCUAUUUCCGAGUGCAAUUUUAUGUAGACAGUCCUCUUCUCUUACGAGACGAAACGACUCGUCAUCAUUAUUAUUUACAAGUACGUGAAAAUGCUGCCUCUAGAACAGGUGCAGCUGUUAUAGCACCUGAUCAUGCUUUAAUGCUUGCGGGUCUAGCAUUGCAAGCUGAUCUUGGAGACAGAUCUGAUAAUAUACAACCAGGUUAUUUUCGCCCUGAGGAUUAUGUACCACCAGCUUUAAGAACACCAUGGGGUAUACAAACUAUUGAAAGUCACCACCGACAGAAUCGUGGACUUACUAGAACGGAAGCCGAAAUGCAAUAUAUUCAAGAAGUUUGCCAUUUACAAGAACCAAUAAAUGCGCAUGUAUUUAGAUUAAGAGCGUCUAAGCAGGAAAGUCUACCUGGAUCAAUUUUGUUAGCUGUGUAUGCACAUGGAGUCAAAGUGUAUCCUGACAAUAAUCCUGCGUCAACAUUCUUAUGGGGUUCAAUUGGUAAAUUGAGUUUUGAACGUAAAAAAUUCGAAAUACGAACUGGACACGAAAAAUUGACAUUAUAUACAACUUGUGACGAAAAAAGUAAAUUAUUAUUAGGAUUAUGUCGUGAUACACAUCAAUUUUCUAUGGCAAUGGCUCCUAGAUUGAAUGAAGCUAGAAAAGAAGUUGAAAAACAACGUAUAUGUUUCCGCGAUUUCUAUUCAUAUUCAAGAAUUCCAAGACAAUCUGCUCGUCCAGAUCAGAGAAUAUCAGUAAUUUCAAAUACCUCAUCAAAUACAACUUCAGGAAUAGUUAGCGAUCGUGUUCAUUCUGAAGAUGAACUUGAAAUUUUAAUAACAUGUCCACCAGCACAGUCAACAGAAAGUCUUGCCUUAGCUCAUUUGAUGGAUAGCAAUCUCAGUAGACAAUCUUCAUCAAGAUCAUCAAUCAACCGAAUUAUCGACAAACCAUUGACUUCACUAGCAAAUACAAUAGAAGCAAUGGCUAGCCUAAAAUUGUCUUCCAAUCAUUUAUCAUCGUCCAGUAGUAGUCUCGCAAGUGACACGAAUUUGGGAUAUAAAGGAACUUCUGAAGAUCAAACUAAUCUAAAUAUUUCACAGAAAAGUAAUAAUAAAUUUGCAGGAAGCCAAUGUUCAUCAAGUUGUAGCACAGUAGUUGUAUCGGGUGCUCGAAAAUUAAAUCGUAGAACAUCAACUACAAGUAGUUUAGAAUUAGGUUACAGUCACACUGCUCAAAAUUCAGCAAUAAGUGAUGCUACAUGUUUUGAAUUGGAUGUACCAGAGAAUUCCUCUGGUGUUUUUACCACCUGUAGUAAAGAUAAUUCUGCGUCAAGUCAAACAAGUGGUAUCCACACAAUUGAAUCAAGUUUUAUUGGAGAUAGUGAACCUGCUGAAUCCACCACAAAUAUUGAAGAACCUAUUCGACCUAAUAGAGACCUAACUAAUAUUGGUGCAUUUACCCAAUCGUCGGCCGAUAUAGAUCAACCAGAUAGUGCAACAAAUGCAUUUAGAGAUCGUUCGAAUUCGAAUUUAAGUAGUACAGGCUCGUUUAGAGGCGAUGGAAGUGAUCCAACUGAGAAAAAACAAGCACUAUCAGCUGAAGAACUAUCUAAUUUAAUUGUUGGAAAAGGAGUGUAUCCAAGUCAUCAAACUGUAAGUCACACUUUGGACAGUGAUUCAGAUUACGUAACAAUAUCAUCGAGUUGUCAAGGAUUUCCUCCAAUACCUCCAAAGCGUACAGACAGCCAUAAAUUAACUACUCCUGGAUAUUCACUUGUAGAUAAUAUUCAAACUGAAAGUAUCAAGAAACGUUUGUCAGAUCCACCACCGUACAAUGCUCGACAUGAAAACAUUAACUGGUAUACGUUUAACUCACCGAAUCAUUCGUUUUUUGGAGAUAUUGGAGAUCCACCAAUUGCUUUUAGUAACGACGUACCAAUACCUACAUUACCCUCAAGAGGUCCUCCUCCGUAUCCAUAUGGUGCUUCAGAAAUUCCUAUCCCCAUGUAUCCACGUGCUAUGUAUUCUCCUGAAAAACUUGCUUUAGCGCGCAAUUUAAAUAAUCAAAUACCUAUAGAUGCCUUAACGUCAAUAUCAUCUCCUGCAAUGAGUACUUGUUCUCUACCAAUACCACCUCCCAUUCCUCCUAAACAUCCAACAAUGUCUUUACCACCUAGCAAGUCUCACGACAGCUUAAAAUUCGUAACAACACAGAAUAAAUACGUGGAUUUAACUGCCAACAAAUCAAGUUUGUUGUUACCUUAUACAUUCUUACCACCACCUCCCCCACCACAAGUGCCAAGGCAACCACCACCACCACCACCAGGAAUUGCAACUGUAUAUACAAAACAAUUAUCUCAGUCGCAAAUAGAACAAUAUCAACAACAAAUGCAUAGUGAUGUAGAUUUUGUAGUAUUUCCAUUAAAAGAACCAGCAAUUAGUAAACAAGAAUAUUUAGAUGCAAAACAUGGAUCAUUAAUCGCAUCGUUAGCUCAUAAUGUCCAACCAAGAUCGAAACCACUGAUAUAUCGUUCAACACCGUAUUUGAAUUUACCUGUUCAAAAUACAUCUCGAUAUGCAUCGAGUCAAAAUUUAACGGACAUGCUGAAUCAAUCAAUAUUAUCAAUGGGAACAUCUGUUAGUUCUACUUCUGACGUCAGUAAUUUAGAUCAUCCAUCUAGCAGUUUCCAUCAAAAUUCAAAUUUAAAACGUUAUUCUUUAAUAUUAUCAGAAGACAAUCUUUUAAGUCCGACAAAUACUCUUCAAAAGGCUCAAUAUAGAGCGGCGAUACCACCACCUCGACCACCAAGUUUACCCAAAAAGAUGAAAGAAAAAGUAAUGUCAAAAAGCACAGAAAUAAUAUCUGAAGUUCCAACAGCACAAACUACAUUAAAAUCAAAAACAAAUCAAUCAGGUGGUGUAAUUGAUAUUCGAACAUUGCGUGAAAAAAGUAAAAAUCUUGAUUUACCAUUAAUAUCAGCUUUAUGUAAUGACAGAUCUUUGUUGAAACAGACAAAAGCUUUUGUUAUGCCUAAACAUCCGAGAUCUGAUAGUUCUCCAAAAGUGCCAUUAAAUGCGGCGAAAUUAAAAUAUCCUGUAUCAGGGUUAAGUAACACACAAAUAACGACUAAAAUGUCUAGAAAAAGCUUGGCCAGCCAUCGGCAUCCAAGUGAUAAAUUACCAGAAAUUCCUAGGGCUGCCCCAAAUAAUUAUGUGGUAAAUGAGCCACGAGCUAAACAUAAGUCUAGUAUACAAUCCCGCUCACAAGAAAUAACACAAUUAGGUAGUUAAAUA